GUGAGAGAGCAGAGGAAAUACUCAAUCUGUGCCACUCACUGCCUGAGCUGCCUCCUCACUCCAGCACGACAGAGGGAGCAAUUACCAAAAUGAAGACUGCUUUAAUUUUGCUCAGCAUUUUGGGAAUAGCCUGUGCUUUCUCAAUGAAAAAUUUGCAUCGAAGAGUCAAGAUAGAGGAUUCUGAAGAAAAUGGGGUCUUUAAGUACAGGCCACGGUAUUAUCUUUACAAGCAUGCCUACUUUUAUCCUCCUCUAAAGCGAUUCCCAGUGCAGAGCAGUAGUGACUCCUCUGAAGAAAAUGAAGAUGGUGAUAGUUCUGAUGAAGAGGAGGAAGAAGAGGAGACAUCAAAUGAAGAAGAAAACAAUGAAGAGUCUAAUGAAGAGGAAGAAUCUGAGGCUGAGAACAGCACACUUUCUGCUACAACACUGGGCUAUGGAGAGGAGACCACACCUGGGAUAGGGUAUACAGGAUUAGCUGCAAUCCAACUCCCCAAGAAGGCCGGGGAUAUAAGAAACAAAGCUACAAAAAAGAAGGAAAGUGAUGAGGAAGAAGAGGAAGAGGAAGAAAAUGAAGAAAACGAAGCCGAAGUGGAUGAGAAUGAGCAAGGCAUCAACGGCACCAGCACCAACAGCACAGAGGUGGAAAAUGGCAAUGGCAGCAGCGGCGGAGACAAUGGAGAGGAAGAAGAGGAAGAAAGUGUCACUGAAGCCAAUGCAGAAGGAACCACAGCGACCGGAGGGCAGGGCAAGGAUGGCUCUAAGACAACAACCUCUCCCAAUGGAGGUUUUGAGCCUACAACCCCACCGCAGGAUGUCUACGGAACUACCUCCCCUCCACUUGGGAAGACCACCACUGAUGGAUACGAGGGGGAGUAUGAAGAAACAGGCACCAAUGAAUACGACAAUGGAUAUGAAGUCUAUGAAAAUGAGAAUGGGGAACCUCGUGGGGACAAUUACCGAGCCUAUGAGGAUGAGUACAGCUACUACAAAGGGCAUGGCUAUGACAGCUAUGAUGGCCGAGAUGACUACUAUCCCCAGUGAAGGCCCAGUCUGGGGUGAACACAUCGUCCUGGCAUUGCAUAUGGCUGCCGUUUUCAAAGUUCAACUCAGGAAGGUGCAAUUUAACAAAUGUGCAUAUUGUAGUGUAGAACGGUGCUACUGUUCCACAGUGAUUUUCUGUAACUGCUUCUGAGAGUAAUGGGUUUCUUGUUGCUUUUCCUUGGUAUGUUAUGGACAGAUCAUUGUAAAUCAGGGCCAUUUAUCAAGCGUACACUAAUCCAUGAGAUCAAAUUCCAUUGAAUGUUUUGCGGUUGUAGUUCUAUAAAUAGUACUUUUUAAAGAACAAGUUUGCACUAUUGCUAACUGCAAGAGCAUACUCUGUACAAGAAGUGCUUCUAAGAAGAAAUUCAUUGGCAUUAAUGAUGCUGUAUAUAACUAAUUUUAGUUUCUUAAUCGCACUACCUAUCCAACACUGUAUAUUAAUAGGUUUAUCAUCCUCAUGUAUUUUUAUGUGACCUGUAUGUAUAUUCUAAUCUAUGAAUUUUAUCACAAAUAAAAACGCAAUCCUUCAAA